CCCACACCCGCGGCGGCCCCCGGAAGUGGUGUGUACCAGGAUGCCGUGGAGCGGAAGCUGUCCCUGGCGGGAGUCAGUGGGGCUACCCGGCCUGAGACUCUGCCUCUUGUUGCUAGACGACGCGAACUAGCCUUCGUCACUUCCUCAGCCCGCCGCCUCCCCACUCCCCAGGCCGGAACCCAGGGGCCCGGAGCCGGGGUGGGCUCGUCUUCCGGGGUCCAGGACCGCAGCUAGCUCGGCAGCUGGAAUCGAGGCCACGCCACCUGCGGGGAAGAACCUAAGCUGGGGUGGGAAGAUGGCUGCAGACAAGCCUGCAGAUCAGGGAGCAGAGAAACAUGAAGGGACAAGUCAGUCCUCUGGGAUUACUGAUCAAGAGAAGGAGUUGUCCACCAGCGCUUUCCAAGCUUUCACAGCUGGAAAUUAUGAUGCCUGUCUGCAACACCUUGCUUGCCUACAAGAAGUAAACAAAGAUGAUUAUAAAAUAAUUUUGAAUACAGCAGUGGCUGAGUUUUUUAAAAAUAACCAAAUGACAACAGAUAGUUUGAGACAGACACUUAACCAGCUGAAGAAUCAGGUCCACUCGGCUGUUGAAGAAAUGGAUGGAUUAGAUGAUGUUGAGAACAGCAUGUUGUAUUACAAUCAGGCAGUCAUUCUUUAUCAUCUGCGGCAGUACACAGAAGCGAUAGCAGUUGGUGAAAAACUUUACCAGUUCAUAGAACCUUUUGGACAAGAGGUGGAGUGUGAUGGCUCCUCUGUGGGGCUUUGGGAAGAGUUACAGGGUCCCCUUUUGCUGCCAACUGUUGAACAGCUGCUUGCUGUGGAUCCAGGGGGUGCAUUUUCAAGGUGCUCCUCUUCUGUGUUGAGGACAUGGUGGCUGGACAGAUUGGGCAGGAGAAACACCAGUGGUGAAGAUGGGGUAAAUUGUGACCUUUCCUUUUUAACUGGUAAUAAUACCAACAAAGACGGAUCAAAUCAUAAAGCUGAAAGUGGAGCCCUAAUAGAAGCUGCAAAAUCAAAGAUUCAUCAGUAUAAAGUAAGAGCUUAUAUCCAAAUGAAGUCCCUGAAAGCAUGCAAAAGGGAAAUCAAGUCAGUUAUGAACACAGCUGGAAAUUCUGCACCCUCUCUAUUUCUUAAAAGCAAUUUUGAGUACUUAAGAGGCAAUUAUCGAAAAGCUGUGAAGCUAUUAAAUAGUUCAAACAUUGCUGAACAUCCAGGAUUCAUGAAAACAGGUGAAUGCUUGAGAUGCAUGUUCUGGAAUAAUCUUGGUUGCAUCCAUUUUGCCAUGAGCAAGCACAAUUUGGGAAUUUUCUACUUUAAAAAGGCUCUGCAGGAGAAUGACGGUGUUUGUGCACAGCUCAGUGCAGGCAGCACUGAUCCAGGCAAGAAAUUUUCGGGAAGACCCAUGUGUACAUUACUAACCAACAAGAGGUAUGAGUUGCUGUAUAACUGUGGCAUUCAGCUUCUUCACAUUGGAAGACCUCUUGCUGCCUUUGAGUGUCUGAUUGAAGCUGUUCAGGUUUAUCAUGCAAAUCCCCGCCUCUGGCUAAGGUUGGCUGAAUGCUGCAUUGCUGCAAAUAAGGGGACUGCUGAACAAGAAACUAAAGGCCUUCCGAGUAAGAAAGGAAUUGUACAGUCUAUUGUUGGUCAAGGCUAUCAUCGUAAAAUAGUUCUGGCAUCACAGUCCAUACAGAAUACUGUAUAUAAUGAUGGACAGUCUUCAGCCAUUCCUGUAGCCAGUAUGGAGUUUGCAGCCAUUUGUCUCAGAAAUGCCUUGUUGCUGUUACCCGAAGAACAGCAAGAUCCGAAGCAGGAAAAUGGGUCUAAAAAUAGUAAUCAAUUAGGUGGGAACACAGAGAGCAGUGAAAGCAGUGAAACUUGCAGCAGUAAAAGCCAUGAUGGAGAUAAAUUCAUUCCAGCUCCACCUUCUUCUCCAUUGAGAAAACAGGAAUUAGAAAACUUAAAAUGCUCCAUACUUGCCUGUAGUGCUUACGUGGCUCUGGCUUUGGGUGAUAACCUUAUGGCUUUGAAUCACGCAGAUAAACUUCUUCAGCAGCCCAAGCUGUCAGGAUCGCUUAAGUUUUUGGGCCAUUUAUAUGCUGCAGAAGCCCUCAUCUCUCUGGACAGAAUAUCUGAUGCCAUUACUCACUUGAACCCAGAGAAUGUCACUGAUGUUUCCUUAGGGAUCUCUUCAAAUGAGCAGGACCAAGGCUCAGACAAAGGUGAAAAUGAAGCAAUGGAAUCCUCUGGGAAGCGGGCCCCUCAGUGCUACCCCAGUUCGGUCACCUCUGCCAGGACCGUGAUGCUAUUCAAUCUUGGCAGCGCCUACUGCCUGAGGAGCGAAUACGACAAAGCCCGAAAGUGUCUCCACCAGGCGGCUUCAAUGAUCCAUCCUAAAGAGGUGCCCCCUGAAGCCAUCUUAUUGGCAGUCUACCUUGAACUGCAAAAUGGUAAUACCCAGCUGGCCUUACAGAUCAUCAAAAGGAAUCAACUGCUCCCCACAGUGAAAACACUGUCUGAGAUGAGAAAGAAGCCAGUGUUCCAGCCUGUCCACCCGAUCCAGCCCAUCCAAAUGCCAGCUUUCACUGCACAGAGAAAGUGACAUUUUUGCUCUCAGAAAACUGUUACUUGAGACCCAGGGGGGUAUUUACGGGCCUUUUUAGUUGUAUCACAGCAAAAUGAAUAAAAGCAGAUGGUGAAAGGUGCUAGUUUUGAAGACACAAUUUUGAAAUGAUUCUAACCCCUGGCUUUUGGGGGUUUUUUUGUUUUGUUUUGUUUUGUUUUUGCCAGAAGCUUACUUAAAAUUAAGGAUUCACAAACUCGUUUUCAUCUUUUUCUUUAAUCUUACAUUUUGAGCCAUUAUGUGAUGUAUCCAUGUCAUAGGCAAUUAAAACAUGGUCUUAUCAGAA